AAUAAUAUUUUACACUUUCUGGUAAUAAAUGUACUCCACCCAUCUAUAACAUUGUAAUCAACUGAUUCAUGCUUCAUAUAUGUACCUAGAUUAUAUAUAAAUUAUUGAUACCCGCUUGCGUCUUCAAGUGUUUUGUCUUCACUUAAUCUUAAUGAUGAUCUAAAAUUUAGUAUUUUUAUGUGAGUUAAUGUUUUGCUAUGUGACUUUUUGGAAGGAAGUGCAUCAAACUCAGGUCUUAGGUUUACGACCGCCGGCAGAGAUCAUUAGUUCGCGUGAAGAUGGAAUACGCUACGUUCUCUAUCGCAGACUAUUCGCUAUUGGCUAUUUUGUUAAUCGUAAACUGUUGCAUUGGACUCUAUUUUGGUUGCUACAAAAAGCAAAAAACGCUCGAUGGUUACCUCUUUGGAGGAAGAAAGAUGGCAACGCUUCCCAUAACGCUGUCACUUGUGACUGGGACAAUUUCGCCAUUAGCGAUUACAGCAGUACCAUCCGAAAUAUACACGUAUGGCACACAAGCUUCGGUGAUGAUCGUAUCUGCUUUUAUCGCCGGUUUGAUAAAUCACUACGUUUAUUUGCCCGUAUUUUACAAUUUACAGUUACAAAGCGUUUAUCACUAUUUCGAAUUACGAUUCGACAAAUCCGUCAAAAAUUUAGCCUCUCUUAUAUACAUUUUUACAAAAUUGUUGAUGAUGCCUUUAAUUAUUUAUGCUUCCUCCUUAUCACUUAAUCAAGUAACUGGGAUUAAUCUACACGUGAUCGCUUGGGUUAUAGCGGGCGUUUGUAUUUUUUAUACAACAAUUGGAGGCAUAGAAGCAGUGGCAUGGACGGACUCAUUGCAAGUGUUAAUCACUCUCAGUGCCAUACUUUACGUGUUAGUGAAAGGAAUCAUGCUAAUAGGCGGUGUGGAUGAGGUAUGGGAGAAAUCUUCCGAUGGCCAGAGGAUAGAGUUCUUUAACAUGAAUCCAGAUCCAACAGUUAGAAACACAUUUUUAUCAGUGGUGAUCGGAAACAUCUUCUUAUGGUUAGGAUUUCUAGCCAUUCCACCUGCAGGAGUUCAACGAUCAAUUUCGUUACCUUCACUCCAACGUGCGAAAAGGGCCAAUGCGAUAACGACAAUUUUAGCCGGACUAUCCAAGCUGUUCUGUUGCUUUUUGGGAUUAGUCACUUACGCCAAGUAUGCAAAUUGUGAUCCAUUCUCGAUAGGGCUGAUUAAAAAACUAGACCAAAUCUUCCCUUACUUUGUAGCUGAUAUUGGGAAAUCAGUACCUGGUCUUAGUGGAUUGUUUGUGGCAGGAUUGUGCACCGCAACUCUGGGUGCUUUAUCGAAUCUUUUAAAUUCGGUAUCUGCCAUUUGCUACCUCGAUUUUCUCAUUCAUGUCCUACCAAAAGGCGGAAAAGUGGCAAAUUCCAGCACAGCUGUAAAGGUCAUCACAGCGAUCGUGGGAGUUAUAAGCGCGACCCUUAUAUUUGUGGCAGAGAAUCUGGGGUCCUUAUUUGAGUUGUUGCAUUGUGUUCAUGGUAUUACGGAGGGUCCCUUGCUGGGAGCUUUUACUCUCGGUUUGCUUAUCCCCAGGAGCAAUACAAAGGGCGCACUGAUUGGGGUGUUAUCAUCGGUAGGGAUAAUGUCAUAUAUCGUAAUUCAACAUCAAAUAUAUGUCUGGAACGGCGCGAUUCCUCAUCUACCAAAGCCAUUGCGUACAACAGAGUGUAACGCAACUUACUUGAACGAAUCGCUUGUUACGACAAUCACCUCUACUUCGGAAGCACCGCUGUGGCUCUUCAGGCUUUCCUUUCAAUACUACACCGGCAUUGGUACAGUACUUACCAUUUUGAUUGGGGUCCUUAUUAGUGUACUGACGACCAAAGAGAGCGAGGUAGAUCCUUCUCUUGUAAUACCUUGCGUUCGCCAAUUCUGUUCACCAAAAUCACAGACCGAAAUUCAGCUGAAGGAUACUCUUUUGCAUAAGAACGCUCAAAUUACAGAUAAUUCCAGUGGUACACAAAAGUUAUAAGUAAACUGAAUUUGUAGUAACUAGUGACUGGUAAUUUAUUCCAAUGGUUAUUUUCUUGUUUUUGUUGUAUAUUUUAGGCAAGCUGCACUGUAUUGUACUUAUUGUAUAUUUUUUGUACAAUUUGGAUUAAUAAACA